AUGCCUUUCACUGGACAUUGCCUUUGCGGAGCGGUCACCUAUGUCGCCAAUGUGAGCGAGCCAGACCUUGUGGCUUACUGUCAUUGUGAUGACUGCCAACGUCAAAGUGGUUCGACCUACUCGUCUUUUAUAAUUGUCCCAAAAAACAAGGUGAUUAUCAACGGCCAGAUUCAAACAUUUACCAAUAAAGGCAGCUCUGGAUUGCCCGUUCACCGUCAAUUCUGCCUCCAAUGUGGCAGACCUCUAUUUGACGAAGCUCUUAGCGCUCCUAAUGAGAUAGCUAUUAAAAGUGGCUCUUUGAGUGUGCAACAAAAGGAAAGGUUACAACCGACUGCUGAGUUUUGGACGGCCAAUAAAUUGCAAUUCUGCGGUGAGCACCUCUCGAAUGCAUAUUGGUAUAUGCCAGAAUAG